UUCACUUCCGCAUUCAAUGUUUUUGAUGUUUAUCUGAUUUUUUUUCUGUUUCUUAAUUCUCUCCCAUAACAAAAUCUAUCUGAAAAUGUUGGAAAGCUAGAAUUUAAAAAUAUAUCACCAUGAAAUAUAGUCUGGAUUUUAAGGAGUGUUUAAAAGACUCUCCGAAAUUCAGAUUGUCUCUAGAAAAUGCUGAAAAUGACGUGGAAGUACUGGAACAAAAACUGGAAAGGGUGGUUCGUCUCUGCACAACUAUGUGUGACGCAGGAAAGUCUUUCAACAAUGCCGGACACGGGUUCAUCACAGGAGUGAAGGACUUGUCUGCAUACUUCAAGGAUGAUUCAAUGACUACUGAGAACAGCAAAAUUGCAAGCUGCCUGGGACAGUUUUGCCAGACCAUGUCUGAGAUGUUCAAGUAUUUUAACGUUUUGAUGGAUCAGGCCCAAAGAUCUGUGUGCAAAAACCUCAACACUUUUAUCAAAACUGAAAUAAAGAAGGUGAAGGACACACGCAAACACUUUGAGAAGAUCAGUGACGAUAUGGACAGUGCAUGUUCCCGCAACUCACAGGCUCCGAGGAGUAAACCACAGGAGUGUGAAGAUGCUCAUAACCUGAUGAUGGCCAACAAGUCAUGCUUCGCUCAUACCUCGCUGGAUUAUGUCUACCAGAUAAACAUUUUGCAGUCAAAGAAGAAAUUUGAUGUUUUAGAAACAAUGUUGUCAUUCAUGCACGCCCAGGCAACCUUUUUCCAUCAAGGUCAUGACCUGUUCAAAGAUACAGAAGAAUCUAUGAACACUGCAAGGGAUCAGGUGAAAGAUCUACAUGCAAAUGCUCGUGUAGAAUGGAAGGAAAUGGAAGAACGCCACCAUCUCGUACAAAACAAGGUGGUUGGUUUCACAGUGAGCGAUGAGGACCAAGAUGGCGGGGUACAUAUGGAGGGCUACCUGUUUAAGAAAACAAAACAUGCUUUCAAGGCCUGGGUUAGACGAUGGUUCUCCAUAGAAGACAAUCAGUUGAAGUAUCAGAAGCGCAGCAAGGACAAUGUUGUCACAGUCAUGGAGGACGAUCUGAGGUUAUGUACCGUUAAACCAGUCUACGACAUCGACCGGAGAUUCUGCUUUGAGGUCCUCUCUCCUUCCAGGAGUCACAUGUUACAGGCUCAUACAGAGGAGGAGUUCCAGGCCUGGGUCACGGCAAUACAGUCGGGGGUAACACGAGCUUACAGGGAGGCGGAACGCAGGCAGACAGAAAAUGAGUAUGACACAGGCAGCGUAAGCAGUGCUGGAGGAGCCAACUCCACAUCGAGUCUUGCUUCACUGGACACGGAGUCUGCUGGGCAGCCGAAGAAGGGCAAGGGACAAUUGCAACGUGAGCUGCUAUACAAGGUCCCAGGGAACUCGAACUGCUGUGACUGUGGAAUGCCAAACCCCAGCUGGACAAGCAUCAACCUGGGCAUUACCCUGUGUAUAGAAUGCUCUGGAAUACAUAGGGGUUUUGGUGUACAUGUGUCAAAGGUAAGAUCGAUCACACUCGACACCUGGGAACCGGAACUAUUUAAAGUCAUGUCUGAACUGGGAAACGAUGUUGUUAACCGGAUAUAUCUAGUCAAUGAAGAUGACUCCUUCACAAAACCCACACCAGAAAGUGACAGAAACAUUAAAGAAGCCUGGAUUAAGGCCAAAUACGUCCAGAAACAGUUUGUCUCUAAACUUCAACCCCCGAAAUCCUCAUCAAAUCCCGAUAGUAAAGUUAAGGGCUGGAGAGUUAAAAAGAAAACCAGGAAAUCUCCAGCAAGGGAGAUUAAGGGAGAUAACUCUAAACAAGAAGGGAAAGAUAACUCUGAUUCGAGCCCACUUGAUGAAAAAUCGUCCCCAGAUUCGGAUGAGUCAAGUGGUUGGUUAGAGGCUGUGUUAGCCGCAGGACGGGACACAGACUCCGGUGUGGUCCCCAGCAUGUCAGAGGAUAGUGUGGUCACGUGUCAGACAGCUGACCUUGACACCAGCGGUGUGAUUGUCUUUGGCACAGAUAUUGACCUUCCUGAUUUUGAGCUAGAUGUUUCCUCUGAAUCAUCUGGCACAGAGGAAGACACAAAGUCCACGUCAAGCUGGGAAGACAUGUCCACUCUCGACCCGAACAUGCUGCUAUACCGGGCGGCCCAGGCUCGGAAUGUCCCUGUGAUGCUAGAGGCACUCGCUAAUGGGGCGGACAUAAACUGGGUGUGCACGAAGGAUGGUGACAAGACUCCCCUGAUGAAGGCUGUAGAGACGGGUUCCCUGUCAGCGUGCGAAUUCUUGCUACUAAAUAGAGCCAGGCUGGAUCGGAUGGAUAAUAAAGGCAGAACUCCGCUACUUCUGGCUACUUCUAUUGGAAACACAGGACAAGUUUGCCAGUUCCUGAAGAGAGGUGCUGAUAUCGAAGCAAAGGACAAUGAAGGAAAUGAUGCACUGUCUAUAGCGGUGGCUGCCGCUAAUGCAGACAUCGUUACAUUGUUGCGUUUAGCAAAGCUUAAUAUAGAAAUGAGAGAGUCCGAUGAUUACUUAGGGUCUAACCCAGGUGACGAGACAUUCAAUGAUGUGUUUAGAGACUUUACCAAUAUGGCUUCCAACAAUCCUGAGAAGUUGAAAAGAAACAAAUGAAGAAAAGGAUGUGUCCUUCAUUUAGUCUGCGAUGCCAUAGCUCAUCACUUUGUGGACUUCCUCAUCGACUUUGUUCCAACGUGCGCUUUUAAGUGAUGAAAAGAAAAAAGAAGAAAAUGAGUGUGUCUUGUACUUUGAGACGCCCCAGCACUUGAACAUGGACCCUUCACCAGCUAUCAUCCUUUACCACUUCCCCUCAGUCCACAGUAUUUCCCCACAAUCACCGUAUCAGCCAUUGCCUAUUUAUAAUCUGCCUUCAUCUGCCUUAUAACCAGGAGACUUUCAACAAUUCAAGAUUUAUGCAGCUGGUGUAUUCUAUGAAUAUGUGUUAUUUCUUGUAGUUUUUGAUUGCAGUCUGAGCGAUGAUUUUGUGAACCUUAGAUCUGCAGAGAUUUUGACAAAUGUGAUCAUUUAACUGAAAACAUAGUUAUAGCUGAAAUGAACUCCACAAUACUUUGGAUGAGUUAAAUAUCAAACAAUUUACAAUAAUUGUUAAUCAAUAUUUAAUUGAAAUGAGAGCUGUUGUAAGCCUAUUAUAGAUUUUCCCUUACUAGUAAAAAAGCUGGUUGGAUGAUAUGGCAGUUGGUUAGAUGUGAUUUGGUUAUAUACUAGCAGAAUAAAGAAACUGUGCAUGCAGAGAUAUAAUGGUUCUAAAAUAACCUUAAACUUGAAAUAGCAAUGUAGAAGGAUAAAAUACCUCAAUAUAAAGGUACAUUUAUGUGUCAAAUAGUUGAACUAAACAUCAAAUCAACAGUGAACCCAUUCAGACUUUGCGGCUUUUUUCCAUAAAAAACAACCUAAAAUGUAUAUGGACGGUUUACAAUGUCAGAAAUCUUUAUAUUUUAACUACGCUGCAAUUAGAUUGCGUAGUAAUUUUAAUUUAGCAGUUAAACUUAAUAACUUUACUCUUGGGAAUUUUAAUUAUUUAUGCAAUAAUUCACUUUACUGGCAAUCAUUUUAAACUUAAAUAUACAAAAUACACGUUAAAAACACUACAAUACAUUAAUACAUACUAUUAUUUACAUCUUUACAAACUACACCUACUGGUGUACCGGCUUACAUCCGAGGUUGUUUUAGGUGGAAAAUGGCUGAGGAGUUUCGAAUGCAUAAAACCUCUUGACAUUAUUUUUGACAUAUUUCAUAUAAUGCCCAGUUUCUUUUGUCUGCUAGUACCGGUAUACACAUACAUAUAAAUCAGCAACAUUGAUAAUUGUGCUUUAGUAAUUGAAUAAUCUGUCUCAAUAUAUACUCAGUGUUUAAAUGUAACCAUUAUAUAAUAAUUUGACUGCCAAUGCGAAUAUGUAAGGAAUCCAAUUCACAAAUAAGUUCGUUCCCUGAUAUAACCAUGAACCAUAAUGUUAAAUUUUAAUGAUUAGUUACCCAACAUAAUUUUGGAUAAAGUUGUUAAAGUAUUUUUGUAUUUUAGUUUAAAUUUUUACUGAAAUCAGACGUAAAAUUAUCUAUUUUUUAAGAACCAAAAGUCUUGUUUGUAUAAUUUUCUGUUUAACUUCUACAUUUUCUUUUCUACGCAUAUUUCUUUUUCAAAUCAUACCCCCCAAAAGGUUACUAGGGCUCAAACAAUCAAAUAUUUGUGUAGUGGAUACCUUAGUGUUUCAUCAAUAUAAGCUCAUAAGGCUUCAUAAGCUCUCUGGUUAUCAUAGUUUACCGUCAGCCUAAUCACAAGGGGUCAGUUGUUCAGAACUUCAUUUAAAAUAACAACAGUAUUGAACGCAAUUGUUUUGGCUGUAAUACAUUAUAGAUUAACUAUUGUAUGAUGAGCUCGUAUAUUUGAAAAAAAAAUAACAAGUACAUGAGCAGUUGAAAGAGUUGUCUCAAAUCUUGUUAUAAAUACUGUAGAUCAGAAAUAUAUCCAUCAAAUUGGCAGAGCAGUAUAGAUUCUAAAGAAAACAAUGAUGACGUUAACUUUAACAAAGUUCUGAACAAUUGGCCCAUUAUGUGAUAUGCCCUAUAUGUCGCUAUAUUCAUGUAAUAAGGUUUUGAAUACUGUAAAAGAUGUAAGCUAAUCUUAUGGAACAAAACCACACACACCCAAUUCAAUUGGUGCAUUUGUUGAUACAAAAUGUUUCAGCUUCAACUUGUCUCCCAUAUAUUGUCAUUUACAGAGGGCAUAAUUCUGUGUAGUAGAGGGUUUCUACUGUGUGAUUUUGUGAUGAAUGUAACAAACCAAUACAUGUGUGCGAUUUUUGUAGAAUCUUUCUAUUGAUUAUAAAAUUAAUGUGAUACAUAUUGACACGGACCUAUAUAUGGUUUAUAGGACCGUGAUGUUGAUAGUUCUUUUGUUAUUUGAUAUCUUAAACCAUUUUUUUCUAAAUGUCUUUAAUAUUUAAUUGUGAUGAAGAACAACAUUCUGUUGGUGCUAUGUUAGUUUUUAUGAGGCAGGGCUCAAUGUUUUCCUGCCAGCUUUUAUGUUUAUCACUUUCUGAUUGAAAACAAUAUAUGUCUUUUUUGUUUUUCUCCUUUUGUUCAGGAAAAAGAUGCAAUUAACGGAAAUGUUGAGUGUCUUUUGACACUAUAAUCUAGAUUUGUGUCAAGUCUUAUGACUAAUCAUAGAUUUGUGUCAUGUCAAGUCAUAUGACUAAUCCUAGAAUUUUCAUCUUAGAUGUGUGUCAUGUCAAGUCAUGUGGCUCAUUCUAAAUUCAUGUCAUUUUAUUGUGAAUCAUCCUAGAUUUGUGUCAUCUGACUCAUCUUAGAUUUGCUAGCCCUAGAUGCAUGCCAUGUCAAAUUAUAUGACUCUUUUCUUGUUAAGUCAUAUGACUGGUUGUAGAUUCGUGCUAUGUCAAGUCAUAUGACUGGUCGUAGAUUUGUGCUAUGUCAAGUCAUAUGACUGGUCGUAGAUUCGUGCUAUGUCAAGUCAUAUGACUGGUCGUAGAUUCAUGCCAUGUCAAGUCAUAUGACUGGUUGUAGAUUCAUGCUUCGUCAAGUCAUAUGACUCUCUCUGGAUUCAUGCCAUGUCAAGUCAUAUAACUGGUUGUAGAUUCAUGCUUUGUCAAGUCAUAUGACUCUCUCUAUUUUCAUGUCAUGUAAAGUCCUAUGACUAGUCCUAGAUUUGUCAAAUGUGACUCGCCCUAGAUAAUUUUGUCCUAAAUUUGUCAUUUCAAGUCAUGACUGGUCCUAGAUUUGUGUCAUGUCAGGUCAUAUGACUGGUCAUAUAUUUGUGUCAUAUCAGGUCAUAUGGCUGGUCCUAGAUUUGUGUCAUGUCAAGUCAUAUGACUGGUCUGAGAUUUGUGUCCUGUCAAGUCAUAUGACUGGUCCUUGAUUUGUGUCAUGUCAGGUUAUAUGACCGGUCCUGGAUUUGUGUCAUGUCAGGUCAUAUGAUGGGUCCUUGAUUGGUGUCAUGUCAGGUCAUAUGACUGAUCCUAGAUUUGUGUCAUGUCAAGUCAUAUGACUGGUCCUAGAUUUGUGUCAUGUCAAGUCAUAUGACUCACGGAAUUUUGAGUGUAGAACUGAGCUCAGAAUAUAACUCCCUCAAAUCUUUUGUCUUUAAUGAGGGUAUCAAACUUGAAUAUUGAAACACAAAAUCAAUGUUUUCUGGCCUAUAUUAUGUAUGAAUUAUUAGAUAAAUUGUAUUUACUUGUUUCUCCUUAAACAUCCUAUUCCAAGCAUCAAAACCUGACUCUAUUUUGGAAACUUGUGUUUAAUACAUGUAGUUACUAUGAUUGUAUUGUACAUUUUUCCAUUUAAUGUGCUUCAAUAUGAGAUAGAACCUUUUACUCUCCUGUCAUUCAUGUCCAAAACCAUUACCAGCUCUUUCAUACAUGUAACUGUGUUAGGUGUUGUCUUGUUUAGCAUGUAAGAUAUUAAAUGUUGUAAACUUAAUGCUUGUAUAUCAAAUUCAUCAUCUUAUUGAUAAAAUAGGUAAAAGAAAACACCCUACAUAAUAUUUUGGUAAUAAGGGGUUAAAAUCCUAGUCAAGGUUGUUAGUAUUGCAUUUACCAAAAUUGGCCUGGAGUGUCGCAGACAAUUGGCACAUUUGUUUGAUAAAUGGAUACUAAUAACCCUUUAACUAGGUAAGUUUGCAGAUUAUAUUCCAUCUACCGCCCAAGCCUCUGUUUAAAUUACCUGAUUGAGACUGCUGAUAUAUAAAAUUAGAUGAACAUCUCGUUGGACAAAAUAUAGUUUCAACCACUAAACAUGUUUAUUUCAUCUCAAAGUACAGAUAACAACAUUUAAUAAUACAAAUGAUUUGGAAUUUGACUGGAGGCUCAAACCUUAUAAAGAUCAUCUAUGGCAUUAGACCGUUCUGUCUGUUAAAUGAUUGUCUUAUUAAUAUUAAAUAUCCGUGUAUAAUUACAAUUCAAUGGAAGGUGUGGCACAUUUAUGCAAAUUCUGUUAAAAAUCUUCUAGGCUUCUUAAUGUAUCAUUUAUGAACUUUCUAUUCCUAUGCACAUUGUGAAUACUGUACUAACAUUUUGGCCUCUGUUUAUCUACUUCUAAACUUUCAUGUUCUAUUUUACUUGUAUUUGUUUACAAUUAGAAAAUAUUUCUAUUCGUCAGCAAUUAGAAGGUAUUUCUAGGACAUCCUGAUCAUGACUGUGUUUCUUUUGUAUAUACAUGCCAGGCGCGUAGCUAGGGCGAAUUUGGGAUUAUGCAGAUCGAUAAUGGACAGCAUAUUAACAUUUGGUGGUUAUGGUAUGACAACAACUUUGACCUGUCAAAAUUCAUUACCGGUACGCAACUUCAUAUUUGGGUACAAUCAGCUACGCCCCUGCAUGUACAGAGCUUGGCCGCUAAAAUAGCACAAAAAGGGCAGUUGAACCAUUUCUCAUCAUGAAAAUGCAAAACAAUUUCAUACUUUUAUUCAUGCUUUUAGUCUGAUUUUUUUUUUUUUUUUCAUUCCUCCAGGUCCAAUCCUGUUUUGAAAAUAAUGUAGUAUGUAAGAACAUCUUGUUGAUACUAAUGAAAUUGUUGAUACUAAUGAAAUUGUUGAUACUAAUGAAAUAUUCUUUUGUUGAUGGUGUUCAAAAUCAUAUGAGUUUUUUAACAAAGUUAGUCAGGAUUACUGGUAUAUACAUCUCUGUUUUCUAACUAUUUUACAAAGAUAUUUGUAUUGUUGGUUUUGAAAUUAAAAAAUAAUAAUUUCUUAUUUGAAAGGCAGGCACUUAAUGAUCUGACAUUAUGUCACUUAAACAAGACAAAAAACCUACUAUUUUUCUGUGAUUUUUCUCAAUACAUUGCAUAGCCAUGCUGCUUCAAGCCUUGGCAUUUCUAAGGGUAAAGGGAUAUUAGCUGUUUUAUAAAUCUUAAUAUGGAAUUGGUUGAAAUGAGCAGACUUGUCUGUUGUAAAUGUGUGUUGUCAUUGCCUAUGAAUUGUUAUUGUAAAAUAUAAAACUAGACCUAGAAAUGAGUUUCGUUAUUGUGUUGUUACUUUUAGAUUUGUUACAUUUGAAACAUUGUUACAUUUGUUUUAAUCAUUGUUUAGACAUCAAGGUGUAUUGUUUUUUCUGACACAUAGUGGUUUUAUUCGCUCGUCUGUUUUAGGAGAAAAAAAGCCUGAAAUACUCAAGUCUAAGACAAUAAAAAAGUCAUGUGAUAUCAUACAACGCUAUAUUGAAUGUCAUGUUAUACAACAGUUGUUCAGGUAUUUUGUGGAAUUUUUACGUAAAAAGAGCAAAUUCUGUUGAAAAUGUUUGAAAAUUGGUAUUAAUUAACAUCUCAUUUCAGAGACAACAUUUUUUGGUCAGCCACUAUGGUAGAUGCCGACCCAGUUUCUCGUCAUCUAUGAAUGGUGUUCCGCAGUUUCUAAAUAUUUUAUCUACUUAUAGACAAAAAUCUUCUCUACUUUGUAAGAAUGUCAGUCCUCUUACUAACUAUUAAGUGUCUGUGCAGAAGAUAUUUUCCAAUCAGCGCAAAACUUUACAAUGCCACUUAGUUCAAUGUCACCAGUUGCCGAUCAAAAAGCAGUGUUUUGAAACACAGAUGAUUAGUAGUUAUUGCUUUAGACAAGAUCUAUAAAUUUGCAGGAAAUGAUGUGAAGACAAAAUAUGUCUCAUAUAUUCCAUUAGCCUGAAAUCAUCCUGUUAAAAUAGGGUGUAAUCAUACUUCAGAUUUAUUAAUAGUAUACCUUUUAAGAAAUUGUUGUGACAGUUUUGAUCUAAGUCAAAUAGUAAUACACAUGUGUUGUCAUGGAUACCAGAAAUCUAGAUGUACCUUUUUGUAGCAUUUGCUGAAAUACACGGUAUUUGUAUCAACAAUGUGGAAUGCAUUGAACUAUAUUUGCACCAAUUUACAAAUAUUUUCAACAAAAUUUAAAAACAACCCUUAAACAUUAGGCAAGUUAUUUUGUGUUUUUUUGCUUGGACCGCCAGUCCCAAUUUUUAGCUUUUUUUGUUUUUUUUAUUUCCACCUUGAACAAAAAUUGUUAACCCUUUGGCUCUCGAUGGCAAUUUAAAAAUUAUAUUUUUCAUUUGAUAAAAAGUAUCUGCUGAAAUUGUUUUUGGUUAUUUUUGAUAAAAGUUAAAUAUUUAUGGGAUUGAAUGGAAAAGUUACUUAGCAAAAAGUAAAAUUGUUGAUUUCUAUUUAUUUUUACUUUCCAUGCUCCUACAAACAUUAUUUUUUAAAGCAAUAAUAAACCAUAAAAAAGAACUCGAUCAUUAAUUCUGUAGACAGUUUGUUGUAAGUUUGUCCCUGUCAAAUUGUCCACCCAUUAGCCUAGCAGAGUGGGAACAAGAUAACUAAUGGUCUGAUCUCUUUAUUGUUUUUAAUACUCACUUCACUAUUUGUCUUAUUCUAUUCAUACGCUGUUUUAGUUGGUGUUAUUUUUCAUAAUGUUUGGCAUUUUUUUUGUGUACGUCCUGCUUUGACGCAUAGAGGUAUUUCACUGCAUUUAAUUUAAAAUUUGCGAUGCCUGUUGAUCCUUAUAUAUUAAUGUUGUUAAUAUUUGAAAGAAUAUUGCUUGCUGUUUACCAAUAUCAAAAACAAAUGGCUGGAGAUACAUUACAUAUAAAGAUAUUGCCCUUUUUUCUUAAUAUUAAAUAAAAACUGAUGUGAAAAGGCCUUAUUGAGCAAUAUUUCAAGGCCCAAAAUGAGAUUAUGCGCUUUUGCAAUAUUCUUAUCUGUAUAAUAUUAACAUAUUUGUCCUCUUCUAAUUAAAUGGUACCGAAAUAAUAUUGGUCGCCAGGCAUCUUAAAUUAAAAUAUUUAUAAAUCUAGCUUCUUAUUUAAAAUGCAUUUAUAAUCCCUACAUAUACAACAGUGUAAUAUUAAGCUACGUGUGCUUGUGUUUGAAUUUUUUAUAAUUUGCAUCAAUGUGUUUUUUCUCCAUUUUCCUUAGCUAGUCAGUAUUCUUUUGAUUCGCCAUUUUCAUCGACAUUGUGUACAUACAACUUGAUGUACUUUUUGCUUGUUACAAAUGCUUAAAUUGUUUUCACAUUCAUCUUUAUUUCUUGAAUCAUUUAGAAACUGAUUGUGAAGUACCGUAAACAGCUUUGCUUGCUUAUGAGCAAUUUAUUAGACAAAGAAAAUACCAUGAAGACUUAGUGUUUACGCGCAUGUCUCAGCCAAAGGGAUCACAACACAGAGUCUUAUUUAAUCAACAAGAAAGUAUCUGUGAAAAAGAUUGCCAUAGCUUUAUUAAGCCAUUAAUUGAAUUUAUUAAAUGUGUUGUUAGGUGGUUUACACACGUUAGUAGAGACAUUUGCGCCAACACUAAAAAUGUAAUUAUUUAUUUUUGCUUUACUAAACAAAUAAAUCAACAGCCAGGCUGUUCCCUGAAAAUGCUGAUUUACUGGUUUAGCAAUGCAAAAAAUAAAUAAUAUCUUAUUAAACAAAAUUACUAGUACAAAGCCUUUAAUUCACUCAUUCAAAACCUUUAGCUGUUUUUUCCUUUUUGAAAAUGCUGUGUCUUGUUGCAAUUGCAAUAUACUUUUAUCUUUUGCAAAAUAAAGUGAACAGACCUUCAA